UGCGGCUGCGGGAUUGGCCGCCCGGCUCCCGCGAGGGGGAGGGGAAGGAGGCAGAGCGCACUCGCGCGUGCGUGAGCUGGCGCGCGAGAAAGGGCCCGGUCGCGCCGAGGCUCGAGCGGCCGUCGCCAUUUUGUAGGGUUCUCUCUGACGCUGGAGCCGCCGCCACCGCCGCCGCCACCCGGAGGCUCUUGUCAGGAUGGUGAAGCUGUUCAUCGGAAAUCUGCCCCGGGAGGCCACAGAGCAGGAGAUCCGCUCACUCUUCGAGCAGUAUGGGAAGGUGCUGGAAUGUGACAUCAUUAAGAACUACGGCUUUGUGCACAUAGAGGACAAGACGGCGGCCGAGGAUGCCAUACGCAACCUGCACCACUACAAGCUGCAUGGGGUGAACAUCAAUGUGGAAGCCAGCAAGAAUAAGAGCAAAGCCUCCACCAAGUUGCAUGUGGGCAACAUCAGUCCUACUUGUACCAACCAAGAGCUUCGCGCCAAGUUUGAGGAGUAUGGUCCAGUCAUCGAAUGUGACAUCGUGAAAGAUUAUGCCUUCGUGCACAUGGAGCGGGCAGAGGAUGCAGUGGAGGCCAUCAGGGGCCUUGACAACACAGAGUUUCAAGGCAAAAGAAUGCACGUGCAGUUGUCCACCAGCCGGCUUCGGACUGCCCCUGGGAUGGGAGACCAGAGUGGCUGCUAUCGGUGUGGGAAAGAGGGGCACUGGUCCAAAGAGUGUCCAGUAGAUCGUACAGGCCGUGUGGCGGACUUUACCGAGCAGUAUAAUGAACAGUAUGGAGCAGUGCGCACACCUUACACCAUGGGCUACGGGGAAUCCAUGUAUUACAACGAUGCAUAUGGAGCACUCGACUACUAUAAGCGUUAUCGGGUCCGCUCUUACGAGGCAGUGGCAGCGGCGGCAGCGGCAUCUGCGUACAACUACGCGGAGCAGACCAUGUCCCAUCUGCCUCAAGUCCAGAGCACAGCUGUGACCAGUCACCUCAACUCCACUUCUGUUGAUCCCUACGACAGACACCUGUUGCCGAACUCAGGUGCUGCUGCCACUUCGGCUGCUAUGGCUGCUGCUGCUGCCAACAGUUCCUCCUAUUAUGGAAGGGACCGGAGCCCCCUGCGUCGUGCUGCAGCUGUGCUCCCCACAGUUGGAGAGGGCUACGGUUAUGGGCCAGAGAGUGAGCUGUCUCAGGCUUCAGCAGCUGCACGGAAUUCUCUGUAUGACAUGGCCCGGUAUGAGCGGGAGCAGUAUGUGGACCGAGCGCGGUACUCAGCCUUUUAAAAACUGGAGGUGUGAACCUCAAAUGGACUGAAUAACCCUGAGUUGGUUGCAGUCCCAGGAGCCUGAUGUUAAUGAGGCUGCCAGGAUGAAAUACUCCAGAACUGUUGGGGAUCUGAAUUUGGGUCUCACCCUAGCAGAACUGAUUCAAGAACGUCACAACUUUUGAAGUCGGUUGGUACAGAUCAAGACCAAGAUUUGGCCCUUUGUCUGUAAUAAGUAGAGGAACUUGGUGUGAGUUAACUUCUUUUCUCCCCCAGCCAUUGGUGUCUGGAGUUCCCAUCAUCAAUGGAAGAAUUAGGGAAUUUUAGGAUUUCUUCCUUUGAUUUGGUAAGGGAGAUGUGAUCAAUUAGGGGAACUCCUGGAAUUAUGGCUCUAAAUGUGUGACAGUAUGACAUGUUGGAGGGUGAAUGAACCAUUCCUUGAUACGCUUUGUGAUUGCUGUUUAUGAAACUUGUUUACUUAUGAAAGAGUAAAGCGAAACAAAUUUAGAGUAGUACAGUUGGCCAUAUUUGAGGUCUUGGCAUCUUCUGCUUUUUUCUGGACCUAAAAAUUAAAUUAUGGUUUUGGAUAAUAUCUAUGUAUGCCCUUUGUUGCAGUGACAGUAGCCUUGUAUCACAGAGGUUGUCUUGACUAAAAGAUGGUAAGAGAGUGGAAAAGAUGUAUUUUAUCACCAACACAGCAGUCUGCCAGAUAGAUUGCUUCUAAUUCUAUAUAUAUAACUAGAAGUAGAGUCCUUGGUAAUUACAUGGGAUGUAAGUUUGAUCCAGUCUGACUUGGUUUUGUUUUGUUCUUUGUUCUUUUCCCCCUGGAAUACAGGACGGGACCAGGGCCCUUGUGCUCGGAGCCAAGCUGCUCUCCAGGCAUUGUGUAAGCCUCUUGUGUUGUGCUCUCUUUCAGGUAGGAUAAUUGCGGACUGAACCCUCGGGCUGCGGUCAUAUAUGAGAACUUGCUCCGCGCGGUCCCCUUUGCCGGGAUGUUUCCAUUGCUUCAUGUUUCAGUAAACAAAGGAGUUUGUGACCAACUAUGUUUUCUUUCUUAAUUUAAUUCUUCUAAGUUGACUUUUCUUUCCUCCUGAUACUAGUCUCUGUAGCCUUUCACUCUAUUCCUUAUAUUCUCAGCCUCUGAGCAGCCCUAGGUAAGGAUUAUGCUGGCAUCCCCUUUUUCCUGUACAGUGGAACCCCUCUUAUCUUGCUUUCCUUAGGAGUUGAACCCUUCUCCCUGUCUACCUGCAACAUCUCCUUUCCCUUUAAAAUGACCAUGUAGUGGCAAGCGACCUUUUACUCUUCUCUGUUAGCUCUGGACUCUAACAUUGAAGCUAAUCUUCUGAAACUGCUAGGACCAUUGGGGUUUUGGGGGAGGGGGGGUUGUUUUGUUUGUUUUGUUUUUUUAUGUCUGACCUGUGAUCGUGGUACAGCAUUAGCUGAAAUUUAGCCUUGUUUUAUUCCACUCCUCCCACUUUUUUUUUUUAAUAUUUUGACAAAUAAACGUUUCUAACACUUAA